AUGACCGUGCAUAAUUAUUGUCCAUCACAUGACACGCACCUUUUUACUUGCCCUCAGGAACAAGCUUUAAUCAACAUCACUAGCCCCCCUGGUCACGUUCACAAGCUAAUCUACCUACUAAUCACUGCCUCAUCACCCCCCGAAACCGCGUCUAAUUCAAAAGCGGCAGUGCUACCAAACCCUGUGCCGCAGAGGUGGCGGCACGGCCCGGAUCAUCAACAGGGGUCCAAGUACCUACAUACCCACAUGUAG